GGAACUCAUGUUUGCUGCAUUUUGUCUGUGUCUUAGUGCACUAAGACCUGCUACAGCUAUCAGACUGGAUGGAAAUGGGUACACUGACAUCCUUAUAGUCAUCAGCCCUGCUGUGCCAGAGAACGAAGAACUUCUUAAUCAAAUCAAGGAAAUGCUUAUCAAUGGAUCAGAAUAUCUGUUUAAAGCUUUAGACCACAAGGUGUUCUUCAAGGAGGUCAAAAUACUAGUACCACCAACCUGGAAAACAAGAAAGUAUGAGGCAGCAAAAACAGAAACCUUCAGCAAGGGCAGAAUAAGAAUUGACAUCCCACGCGCAGAAUUUGGUGAUGAGCCCUACACUUAUCAGACCGCGGGUUGUGGAAACGAAGCUGAAUACAUUCAUUUUACACCAAACUUCUUGUUAAACAACAGUUUUAUUAAACCAUAUGGACCUAGAGGAAAGGUUUUUCUGCAUGAAUGGGCUCACCUCAGAUGGGGGGUAUUUGAUGAAUAUAAUGUGAAACAGCCCUUUUACUGGUCUGAUGGUCAGAUUCAACAUACAAGCUGUACAAAUAAGAUUUCUGGCCAGUGGUAUGAAAUUGUUAAUCAAGAUAUUGAACCUUGCCAGUCUGGUGAAGAUGGCCUACCCACAUCUAGCUGUCAUUUCUUUCCAGAUGCAGUGCAAAAUACAAAUUCCUCCAUAAUGUACAAUCAGAAUAUAGAUACUACAACAGCAUUUUGUCAAGAAGAGGAACACAACAUCGAAGCACCCAAUGAGCAGAAUAAAAAGUGUGGAAAAGCCAUACGAACUGUAAUCUUUCAAGACUCGGUAGAUAAAGAUGUCCUUCACAAUCUAAAGCCUCUUCAAUCUGCACCACCAGCACCAACAUUUAAAGUGAUACAGAGAGGAUCUCGGGUUGUCUGUCUCGUCCUUGAUGUCUCAGGAAGCAUGCAAGGUGCAAGAAUAAAACAACAACAUCAAGCUGGUACGCUUUUCUUGCGCGAGAUCAUAGAUGAAGAACAGUUUGUGGCUCUUGUGACUUUUAGUAGUGACGCUCAAAUACUAAGUCCUUUGACUUUAAUAAAUGGACAGGCUUCAAGAGACAGUCUAGUUACCAAGUUGCCAAAAACUGCAGCUGGAGGUACACAAAUCUGUAAGGGACUCAGAAAAGGCUUGGAGGCUCUUAAAAGCGAUGAUGGUAAAACAAUAGGAGAUGAAAUUAUUUUUCUGACGGACGGGGAAGCAGGUGAUAAUGUUCAGGAUUGUUUCCUGGAAGCUGUUCAAAGUGGUGCAAUCAUUCACACUAUAGCAUUUGGCCCAAGUGCAGACAAUGUACUGAAAACCAUGGCAGAUCAAACAGGUGGAAUCUUUAAAAUAGCCAAAGACUCUCUACUUUCCAACCAGCUUGUGGAUGCCUUUUCCUCAAUUACAGUGUUUGAUGGAAAUCCCAACACACAGCCCUUACAGCUUGAAAGCACUGGAAAGCUUGUUACAGAUUGGUUUAAUGGAACAGUUCCCAUUGACCGGACUGCAGGAAAACACACCACUUUUACAUUGAUUUAUGAAAAAAGUGCACCUACUGUGUAUAUACAGUCACCAAGUGGUUUGGCUUAUGACCAGAGAAACACCACUGACACUGCUAACACAAUCACUUUAACUGUUCCAGGAAUUGCAGAGCCAGGAGAUUGGAAAUACAGCUUCCUCAACAGAGAAACAGCUGCUCAGCAGAUGAGUUUAACAGUAAUGAGUCGAGCAGCUCGUGAAGAUGUUCCCCCAGUCACAGUUACAGUUAAAAUGACCAAGCAGAAGAGUGAUGUCUCCAAACCUACCGUUGUGUGGGCCGAGGUCAGGCAGAAUUACAAUCCUGUGUUGGGGGCCAGAGUUUGGACGACCAUGGAGUCAGAUACAGGGCACUCAGAAAAACUGGAGCUCUUUGAUAAUGGAGCAGGUGCUGAUGCUUUCAAAGAUGAUGGUAUCUACUCCAGAUAUCCUACAAAAUUAAAAAAGGGAAAAUACAGUCUAAAAGUGCGAGUGGAAAAUCAAGAUGGACAAGUCCUGUAUUCAGUACACAGACACAGUGGUUCUCUGUAUGUCCCUGGAUAUGUUGUUAAUGGUAAAGUGGUAUUAAACCCUCCUAAACCCCCAGUAAAUGUGCAGAGAGAGAACAUUGGCAGAUUUACCAGAACACAAACUGGGGAGAGUUUUGUGGUGGAAGCUGAGGAACUUUCAAACUUCCCUCCAAGCAAGAUCACAGAUCUGAUAGCAGAAAUUCAGGAGGACACUGUGUUUCUUAACUGGACGGCUCCUGGUGAGGAUUAUGAUCAGGGAACAGCUCAUUCCUAUGAAAUCAGAUGGAGUGAAGAUUUCAAGAUGCUUCGAUACAACUUCAGCAGCAGUAAUUUAGUUAACACUUCAGAACUUCUGCCCCAAGAAUCAGGCUCGGCUGAACAACACUUUUUCCAGCCUUAUAUUAGAAUUGAAAAUGGCACCACACUUUUCUUUGCUGUUCAAUCAAUAGACCAACAGUUAGCAAAAUCUGAGGUAUCAAACAUUGCUCAGGCAACAAAGUACGUCCCAAAUCCAGCCCCAUCAUCAUCCAAUAAAGCAACUGCUGUCAUUGUAUCAGUCUUUGUUGUAACCCUUGUGGCAUGUGUGAUAGCUGUGGUGAUCAUGUGGGCACAGAAACGAAAGUAAAAUUGAUAUUAAUUAUCUGUCAUUUUCCUGUUUUCCUGUUUAUGUUGCUGAUGUAACUGAUUAAAUCUUAAAUAACAAAUUUAUUGUUCAGAAAUUCACAAAUAUAUUGUACAAUUAUAAAAACUGUAAAAUCAAAUCAAGCAGUCUAAAAAACCAUAAAUCCAUAUAACCAAAAAUUUUAGAAAAGAAAUUGUUAUAAAAUCAGAAAAUAUCAGAAAUAUAUAUUUAUAUAUAUUGUAAACUUAUAAUUGUUGUUUUUGUUGUUGUUGCUGGUGAAUGACAAAAUAUAAAGUGUGGAUAAGAGUUGAAGUGGAGUUUAAUAGCCUAUGUUUACAUUAUAAGCCACAUUUUUGGUCAGAUCAGACUUGCAUGUUAUUAUGGUUCACAUUUGUACAAGUGUCUUUUAUCGAAUUCUUAUGUGGGCACAUCUGAAAUAGCACAUAUGCACACAUUCAAACAUUUUUGCUUGCAUUAUCUGUGUUAAACCUUUGGGGUCUGAGAGUUUUCUAAAGACUUGUGGACUGUGGAGCAGACAGAGACAGAGUCCUCUUGUGUCCAUACACUUAAGUAUACUGUAGGUCUUUGAUAACAUUGGUAAGAGUCAUAUAAAAGUCAUUGUGCAGAAGGAAAGGUAUUCUUUCCUGCGUACAGCAAAAUCCACUGUGUAUCUGUUAAUACAGUCUACAAGAAAAAACUAUUUGUAUCCAUACUGUACUUUGUUGGUUUUGCAUUCAUGCACUAUUUCAGUUCUGUCUUUGCCUUGCUUGUUGCCAUCUUUUCAUAAAAGUUUCUUUAAGGAUGGUACAAGGCUUUGGAUGCAUGCUGGAUUGCAGUCAUGAGAGAGGCUGAAUAACAAAUUUAUAAAAUGUUAAAUCUAGGUUUCAACGUAAUAGUACACUGUAAAAAACUUCUUGCUACUCCAACUAAAAAAUUUCUAGUGACCUGUUGCACCUAAAAUUUUUAGUUGGCUCAAUUUAAGUUGUGUAAACUAUUUUGUUUUUGUUGUGCUGAACCUCUAAAUGUACACACAAAUUGAAAUAAAACAUUCUGUCAAUUAAAUGUUCUAUGCUGAAUAAACAUGCCUAGUUAGGCCAACAAGCA